AUGGGUACUCUCGCCGAAGGGGCGGUUCUGGAGAGGAUCCACACGUUUCCGGAGCAUCUGUCGGUGCACGAGGCGUUGGAGCGCGUGAACGAGAAGGUGGCGGACGACGACAUCAUCGUGGAGGACGAGGAGCUGCUCAUCACCUCGCUGCUCGCCAUCCUGCGCCAACUCGAAGGCAACGAAAUCGCCGAAGCGGUGGAGACGGUGUACGGGCUGUCGGCGCAGUACAACAGGAGCAGCGACCCCGCGGACCUGGAGCGCCUCGAGGCCGUCAUCGCGGGGCUCGACCCCGCCGCGUCCAUCCUCGUCGCCUCCGCGCUCUCGCACAUGCUUACCUUCCACAACGUCGCCGAGGGAGUGCAGAUGGCGUACAGGCAGCGCAUGGUGGAGCAGCGGCACGGCGCGAUUGAGGACGAGGGCAGCGCGCUGACGGAGUCGUCCAUCAUCGAGACGUUCGACAAGCUGCGCGCGCAGGGCCGCACCGCCGACGAGAUCUACGCGUCGCUGUGCGCGCAGCGCGUCGACAUCGUGCUCACGGCGCAUCCCACGCAGUCCGUGCGCCGCUCGCUGCUGCAGAAACACGCCAGAAUCCGGCAGUUGUUGGUGAAGAGGCGCGAGCAGAAGCUGUCGCCGGAGAGGAAGGAGGAGCUGGAGGAGGCGAUCAGAAGCGAGAUUCAGGCGGCGUGGCGGACGGACGAGAUUCGGCGGUCACAACCGACCCCGCAGGACGAGAUGCGCGGUGGCAUGAGCUACAUGCACGAGACCAUCUGGCCGGGCGUGCCGCGCUUCCUGCGCCGCGUCGACACCGCGCUGCGCCACCUCGGAGUGCCGCACCGCCUGCCGUACCGUCUGCCCAUCAUCGCCUUCUCCUCCUGGAUGGGCGGCGACCGUGAUGGCAAUCCGAGGGUGACAGCAGCAGUGACGAGGGACGUGGUGUACCUGUCGCGCCUCAUGGUCACCAACCUCUACAUCACGCAGAUCGAGGCGCUCAUCUUCGACCUGUCCAUGUGGCGUGCGAGUGCGGAGCUGAAGCAGCGGGCAGUGGAGGUGUGUGCGGGGGCCAAGAAGCACUCCGGCCAUUACAUUGAGUUCUGGAAGGACAUCCCGGAGCACGAGCCGUAUCGCGUGGUGCUGGGCGAGGUGCGCGACAAGCUGUGGAACACGCGCGACCACAUCCAGCACCUCAUGGCCACGGGCCACUCCGAGUUCACCCCACAGGACAUCUACACCGACCCUGAACAGCUGAUGGAGCCGCUGGAGCUGUGCUACAAGUCACUGUGUGCCGUGGGGGAUGAGGCGGUGGCUAACAGCAAGCUGCUCGACAUGCUGCGCCAGGUGGCGUGCUUUGGGCUGUCGCUGGUGCGGCUGGACAUCCGGCAGGAGGGAGCGCGGCACUCAGACGCCAUGAACGCCAUCACAGAGCACGUGGGCGCCGGCACGUACCACGACUGGCCGGAGCAGCAGCGCAUCGACUGGCUCACCCAGGAGCUGCAGAGCCGCCGCCCGCUCUUCGGGGACGACCUGCUGGAGGUGGCGAGUGAUGAGGUGCGCGAGGUGCUGACCACAUUCCGCCAGCUGGCGGCGCUGCCGAGGGACUCGCUAGGCGCGUACGUGAUCUCCAUGGCGACCAGCGCCUCGCACGUGCUCGAGGUGCAGCUGCUGCAGCGCGCCGCAGGUGUCAAGAAGCCGCUGCGCGUGGUGCCGCUGUUUGAGCGCCUGGACGACCUCACCAACGCGCCCGCCGUGCUGCAGCAGCUCUUCUCGCUGCCGCUGUACCGCUCGUCGCUGGAGGGCGGUGUGCAGGAGGUGAUGAUUGGCUACUCCGACUCCGGCAAGGAUGCCGGCCGCCUCGGCGCUGCCUGGGCGCUCUACAAGGCGCAGGCCAGCGUGGUGGACGUGGCGCAGCAGCACGGCGUGCACCUCAGCAUCUUCCACGGCCGCGGGGGCACCGUGGGGCGUGGGGGUGGGCCGACGCAUCUGGCUAUUCUGUCACAGCCGCCAGGCACGGUGAACGGGCGGCUGCGAGUGACGGUGCAGGGCGAGGUGAUCGAGCAGUCGUUCGGCGAGGAGCACCUCUGCUUCCGCACUCUGCAGCGCUUCACCGCCGCCACCCUCGACCACACCUUGAACCCUCCGCGCGCCGCGCUUCCGGAGUGGCAGGCCAUGAUGGACCGCAUGGCACCGCUCUCCACUGCGGAGUACCGCUCUGUUGUGUUCCAGAGCCCACGGUUCGUGGAGCUGUUCCGCGCAGUGACCCCCGAGACGGAGUUCGCGCGCAUGAACAUCGGCAGCCGGCCAUCCAAGCGCAAGCCUGGCGGCGGAGUGGAGACGCUGCGUGCCAUCCCGUGGAUCUUCGCUUGGACUCAGACGCGCUUCCACCUGCCCGUGUGGCUCGGCCUCGGAGCAGCGUUGCGGGGAGUGAUGGAGGAGGACACAAAAGCACUGGACGAGCUGCAGCAGAUGUACCAGCAGUGGCCCUUCUUCCGUGUCACCCUGGACCUCCUGGAAAUGGUCUUCUCCAAGGGCGACCCGCGAGUCGCCCGGCUGUAUCAGCGAGUGCUGGCACCGCCUGACCUGCAGGAGCUGGGGGAGGAGCUGCUGCAGAAGUACGAGGAGAGCAAGGACUUGGUGCUCAAGGUGUGCGGGCACAAAGUCCCCCUGGAGAGCAUUCCCACACUGCGGCAGCGCCUGCUCAUGCGAGACCCGUACAUUACGCCCCUCAACGUCAUGCAAGUGCUCACGCUCAAGAAGAUGCGCCAGGAGGAGGGAGCACCCAAGGGGGGUGACGAGGCUGCACAGGGGGGAGAGGGGAAGAAAGGCAAGUUCUCCUCGCUCUCUAGUGCGGAGGAGCUGUCGGCAGAAAAAGGGCUCACCAAGGCUCAGUCGUCUGAUGUGGUGGGGCGCAACCCCUCCACUGCAUAUGCGCCCGGACUUGAGGACACGCUUAUUAUCACCAUGAAGGGUGUUGCUGCUGGCAUGCAGAACACUGGCUAA